AUGACCCCCAAGGCUUUGGGCCUCACGCUGCUCGGGGCGCUUCAGAAGCGCCAAGAUGCUACGUGCCCAGAUUUUUGCCCCUUUGACACCAUGACGAUUAGUAUUGCUCCGACUGAGAUUGUUGUUGAGCAGCCUAUCCGUGUCACUGGCUACUUUCCUGACAACGGCCCCUUUACCCUGGCUCCCGAUGUGGUGGCGACCAUUACUGGUGCACCAGGUGUCAUUGACACCGUCCUCACCCUUGAGAGCUCCGAUUAUGAGACCAAUACCAUUGAGCCGUCAACCACUGCGAGCUGUGUACCAGCUCCCCCAGUCUGUGCCACGGUCCUGCCCGUAGCGUGUGCCUCGCUGAGCUCCACCGAUGGCCUUGCUCUGGUUCCUCUGGUGCCUCUUUGUACUGCUGCCCUUGGUGUUCUUGGAACUGCCAACACUGCCGCCUGUCUCGCCGCGGAUAUCGGAGCGACUACCGCCGGAGCUAGCAUCGUGGCCUGCCUGAACGCGGCUCUUUCUGGUGUCUGCAUCACCGCUCUGCCCCAGGCGUGCCUCGACAUCCCUACCGCGUCUGCUGCCGACUUGCCUGGCAAGGUUGCCGCAUGCACUCUAGCUCUCGGGCCAUUCGCAGUCGGUACCGCAGCAGAGUGCCUUGGCACGGCGGUCACUGACCCUUCCAACAUCCUGUCGUGUCUUCGAACGGCCAUUGGCCUUGGCGAUGGUAGUGAUGCUUGCACAACCGUGGUUCCUACCUCGGACACGACCGCGCCGGCCACAAGCACUGAUACCACACCACCAACAACUGUUACCACCCCGGACUCUACUAGCUGUGUGCCCACCGCCACUGGCCCAGCUCCAUCUGUGUGCGCCACUGGUCUUCCCCAAGCUUGCACUGAGUUGGGCUCUUUGAACGGUUUGGAGAUUAUUCCGGCCUUGGUUGGGUGCACUGUCGCUCUAGGACCCUUCGCCGUCGGAAACACCCUUUCGUGUCUGGCUACGUCUGGCAUCACCUUGACCACCGCUGGUACGACCAUUGUCGAUUGCUUGCGCAACGCUCUUAAAGGUGAAUGCAUCACGUCGCUUCCUCCAUCUUGCACCAAACUACGCACCGAGAAUGGCCUUAAGCUCGUCCCUGAGGCGGCGAAAUGUCUAGUGGCUCUUGGUCCAUUUGCCGUCGGAACAACACUUUCUUGCCUCUCCACGUCCCAAAUCACCACCACGUCUACCGGAGUGGGCAUCAUUGAUUGCUUGGAGACUGCGCUGGGUCUGCGCAGUAGUACCUCGCCCGGCGGUGACGGUACUGCAGCCUGUACAACCACCUCGACGCCUCCUGCGCCAACUUGUGAGGUGAAUCUACCACCCGAAUGCAGCAAUCUUAAACGCACAAAUGGCCUCGCACUUGUGAUUGAGGUUCCCAUUUGCCUUGUCGCCCUUGGGGUAUUCGGUGUCGGUAACGCGGCGGCAUGCCUUGCAACCACCGCCAUAACACUAAGCACUACGGGCGUAGCCAUCGUUGAAUGCAUUGAAAAUGCUUUCAAAGCACAGUGCCCGAGGGAAUUACCGGCCGCUUGCACAAACCUCGCCAAUGACAACCUUGGCGAACUGGUGGUUGAUAUUCCACUCUGUACAGUGGCACUCGGCCCUUAUGCUGCUGGUACUGCUCUGUCAUGUCUUUCCACCAGCGUUGGCAGUGGGCAAACAAUUGUCCAAUGCUUGAAGGAUGCCUUUGGAAUCAGUGGAUAA